AUGCCGCCGCCGCCGCUGCUCCCGAUGCUCCCGCUGCUGCUCCUGCUCUGCCCGCGCCUGCCCCGCGCCGAUCCGCUCUCCUACCCCGCCGUGAUUUCCCCCCAAGACCCCACCCUGCUGAUCGGCUCCUCGCUGGUGGCCACGUGCACGGUCAGCCCGGACUUUCCGCUGAAAGCCGAGGACCUGUACUGGACUCUGAACGGGCGGCGCCUCCCGGCCGCCUCCUACGCCACCCUGGGCCCCUCCACGCUCAGCGUGGCCCUCGCUCGCCUCAACGGCUCCAGGCAGCAGUCGGGGGACAACCUGGUGUGUCACAGCAGAGAUGGUGGCAUCCUGGCCGGCUCCUGCCUUUAUGUUGGAUUACCGCCAGAAAAACCAGUCAACAUCACUUGCUGGUCCAAAAACAUGAAGGACCUGACCUGCAAGUGGGCGCCAGGGACAGAAGGGGAGACCUUCCUGCACACCAACUACACCCUCAAGUACAAGCGCAGGUGGUACGGCCAGGACAACACCUGCCAGGAAUACCACACGGCCGGAACCUACUCCUGCCACAUCCCCAAGGACCUGGCCCUCUUCACGCCCUACGAGAUCUGGGUGGAAGCAUCCAACCGCCUGGGGGUGGCCGUGUCCGACGUGGUCAUGCUGGACAUCCUCGACGUGGUCACCACGGACCCGCCGUCGGACGUGCACGUCAGCAGGGUGGGCGACCUGGAGGACCAGCUGAGCGUGCGCUGGAGCUCCCCGCCGGCCCUCAAGGAUUUCCUCUUCCAAGCCAAGUACCAGAUCCAAUACCGGGUAGAGGACAGCUCCGAGUGGAAGGUUGUGGAUGACGUGGGCAACCAGACCUCCUGUCGCCUGGCCGGCCUGCGCCCCGGCACCGUCUACUUCGUCCAGGUGCGCUGUAACCCCUUCAGCAUCUACGGCUCCAAGAAAGCCGGGAUCUGGAGCGACUGGAGCAACCCCACGGCCGCCUCCACCCCACGCAGCGAGCGAGUGGCGGGGGGCUGCGACCCCAAAGGCGGGGAGCAGAACACGACGCUGCGGCGGGAGCUGAAGCAGUUUUUUGGGUGGGUGAAGAAACACGCCUACGGCUGCUCCAACCUCGGCAUCAAACUCUACGACCAGUGGCGCGUGUGGCUGCAGAAAUCGCACAAAACACGCAACCAGGUAGGUAAGGAGUUCUUCCCGGCGAUAAGUUGUAGCCCGCGGGGGACCGAGCGCCGGCAGGAUGGGACGGGGCGCCCGGCGCCCACCCGGGACCGCCCGCGCCCACCCCGGCCCCGCCGCGGGGGAACUGGGAGGCGGCCGGGGCGCAGCGCGGCCCCGCAGCCCUGCGGGAUGGGGUGGGGUGAGGUUGGGGGGCCGGGCUGGCCCAGCCCCGGGGGCUCUGUGGGACCGCGGCCCCGAGGCAGCGAGGGGACCCGCCAGCCUUGCCCGGCCGGGGGGGGCACGGGAACUUUGCUCCGCCAGCCGGAGCAGCCUCUGGGAUGA